AUCAUGUUGCCUUAUUCUUCCCAGGGAUCAUGGCAGUUGAUGUGAAAGCAAAUUCCAAAUCAAAGAAGAAGUCAACUGAGCACGGGAACGCAGUGAACAAACCAGACGCUUACAAUGGUAUCGCCGGUACCGAUAUUUCCAGUUGCUUAGACCCCAAGUUGAAGGAGCACAUCCAACGCCUGUCUCACAUGAGGAGAGACAAGGGGGACGGUGAGUCGGUGCCGGACACCCCUCCUAACGAGACUUCAGCGCAUCUCCAGCCCUUCCAGCCCAAAUGGAGGCAGAAGCGAAACCCAUUUCGUUUUUCUCUGGAAAUAGAUUGCAUGGCCCUCAUUCUUCUGCUUUUAGGGAUUGCCACUCGCUUGUAUAGACUAGAUCAACCAAAACACAUUGUAUUUGAUGAGCUUCAUUAUGGCAAAUAUGCCCAACUGUAUCAGAAGGGCACCUUCUUCUUUGAUUCUCAACCUCCUCUUGGGAAACAAUUGAUUGCUCUGGCAGCACAUCUAGCUGGAUUUGAUGGUGUUGCACUGAACUAUACGUUCACAAAGAUAGGAGGUGCAUACAUUCCAGAGAUUCCAGUUGUUGGAAUGAGGCUUAUACCAGCAAUAUGUGGAAGCUUACUCAUUCCCACUGUGUACUUGCUGCUGAUUGAAAUGGGACUCUCUUACUGGAGUGGAUGUCUUGGGGCUUUCCUUCUUCUUCUUGACAAUGCAAUGCUGUGCCAAUCUAGAUUCAUCUUGAUGGACUCUAUGGUGCUCUUCUUUGCUGCUUUUGGUCUCCUUGCCAUAAUGAAAUAUCAUAAAUACCACAAGGAUCCCCUGUCAACUCCUGCCCUUAUCUGGCUCUGUUUGGGUGCUGCAUUCCUUGCCUGUGCAAUUGUGAAGUUUUCUGGUUUCUUCGCUUUGUGUGUGGGAGUGGUGGUGAUUGGGUGUGACCUGUGGAAGUCACUUGCAGACCACUUAAUUAGCAACAAGCAGCUCAUACUUCAUACAGCUUCUUGCAUCAUAGCCUUCACUGUAAUUCCAUUGACUAUUUAUGUUGGUGUCUUCUACAUCCACCUCUUCUUCCUCACCAAGGCUGGACCUCAUGACAGCAUCAUGACUUCACAUUUCCAAGCAAGCCUUGAGGGAGGGCUGGCAUCUAUUAUCCGAAAUCAACCUCUGGAGGUUGUGCAUGGAUCUCAGAUCACUCUGAGGCACUCUUAUGGCCGUGCUUGCUGGCUUCAUUCUCAUGAGGAUGUGUACCCAAUCAAGUAUGUUGAUGGCAGAGGCUCCUCACACCAACAGCAGGUCACAUGCUACUCUUUCAAAGAUGUGAACAACUGGUGGAUUGUGAAAAGACCAGAACGGAAUGAUCUGGUUGUCUCAGAACCCAAAGACAAGAUCAAACAUGGAGACAUCAUACAGCUAGUUCAUGGACUCUCCAGUCGAGCUUUGAAUUCCCAUGAUGUUGCUGCACCCAUGUCACCAAAGCUACAGGAAGUGAGCUGCUACAUUGACUACAACAUCUCCAUGCCUCCCCAAAUCUUGUGGAAGGUGGACAUUGUCAACAGAGACAAGUUUGGGGACAUCUGGCAUACUGUAGAAUCAGAAGUGCGUCUUAUCCAUGUGAAUAGUAGCCAAGCUCUGAAACUGACAGGGAAGCAGUUACCUGAAUGGGGCUAUAAUCAGUAUGAAGUAGUAACAGAUCGUGUUAUCAAUCAGGUUGACACCAUCUGGAAUGUAGAGGAGCAUCGUUAUACUAAAAAUCAAGCCCAGAAGGAUAGAGAGAGAGAAAUUGUACUGCAUGAAAUGAUACCAACAGAACCGACUCAGUUGACAUUUUGGGAAAAGUUCCUUGAGCUGCAGAUCACCAUGUUCUUGGCUGGACCUGAAAACCCACAGCAGCACAUGUACAUGAGUGAUCCAAUUGAAUGGCCCUUCCUUACCAGGGGGAUUGCCUACUGGGUCAGCAAUAGUUCAAAUGCUCAGAUUCAUCUCCUGGGGAAUGUUGUAGUCUGGUAUAGUGGAACCGCUAGCAUCAUGCUGUAUGGUGGACUGCUUGUUUUCUACCUUCUUAGACAGCGGAGAGCUUGCCAUGACCUCAGUCAAGAUGCAUGGAUCCAGUUCUGCUUUGUGGGUGAGGUCUUCCUUGGAGGAUUUCUUCUACAUUUCAUACCAUACUUCCUUGUGGAGAGAACACUAUUCUUACAUCAUUAUUUCCCAGCCUUCUUUUUCAAGACCCUCCUCUGUGUAGCCCUCAUUGAGCACCUAUGGCACCUUCUUUGUGAGCAGAAAAUCUUCCGUUUUGGCAAGCAAGUUUUUCUCCUACUGAUUGGCAUUUGGAUGCUGUCCAUCCUGUAUGUGUUCAAGACAUUUUCUGUGUUUUCCUAUGGGAUGACACCCCUAUCUCCUGAAGACAUUCAGAAUCUCCGCUGGAAAGACUCCUGGGAUUUCAUUAUACACAAGAAAUGAAAAACCCCAUUGAGGUUUUCAAAAACAGGAGGAAUCUCCUCUUUUCAGAUGUUUUGUCUUAACAUAAUUGAAUUUUCCUUGGUUUCAGGGAAUCAUGGCUUCUUUCUUGCACAUUUUGUGGAUUUUCUUUAUGGAUAGUUGAAAACCAUGUUCUACCAUAUUCUACUUUCACCCCAUGUUCUGGAACUGGUGCUUCCCAGCAGUAUUCAUUACUGGGAUUCCAUGAAAAGACUGUGCUCCUAGCCAGUUGUGACUUCAGUACUGUCAUUCAAUGAUGUGAACAAUCUGUGACAUACGAUAAUACUUGUGUCAUUAACUGGCAAAGAUCUGCUACAUCUAUUAUUUUCUUGAAUGUGUCAUAGCUCAGUGGAACAAGUCUCACCUGUGGCAGGAUUAGCUGGACAUGAUAAUUGCUGCUUUCCUUUGCCUUUUGAGAGUGCAGCUAUUUGUCUGUGAUGCUCAUGCUCCUCAUUCUUUCAUGGAUCAUGUUAAUGCAUGAAGUUGUGAAGUAACCUGCUUUUCAGAGAAUACUUUGUAUGUGAAGUCUCUUCCAAUGACAGUACAACUGUGAUUAUGAUCGCAUAUUCUUGUUGGAGGAUAGAUUCACAAUCAACCAUAUAUAGAUACUCAAUUUUUUAUAAUUCUUCUUUUUCGUUUUUGUUUUUUCAGAUGCCAAGAUAGACGCAGAUGAUGGUAUAUAUUUUAUUACACUGUUUUGGUGAGGAUCUGAUCAUGUUUGAUGAUGAUGAACAUAAAGUCUUCCCAUGUCCUGGUUUGUUAAUCAUAUCUAGCCAAAUUUCUACGCAGUACAAAGCUCAGAAAUGAACCUCCAUUUUCUUCAUUUAUGAUUCAAAGAACACACAUCACCUGAGGAUGCCACACAAUCGAUGGGUUCCUGUCAUCUAUUGUCUGCUAUGCUAACAUGUGGAACAUUCUCAUCCAUUUUCCAUAAUUGAUCGUUGCAAUGUUGCGUUGUGAAGUGGCAGAUGUCUUUUCCAUGAGUUCACCCCUGACCUUUUUAACACUUCAUUGAUUUUCCAUGGUUAUCAAUAAUGG